CACGCUAACAAGCUUCCAGAUAAGUAUUUUCCUAUUAAAAACAAAACAAGGGAAACCCAACAGUUGUUUCGCGACUUCCCUAUUUAUUUACAUAAUUAUAUAGGCUACAGUUAAAUAGGACAGGCACAAUGUGCAGUGAUCAGUAUACACAUCAAACUUCAAGAACAAUGGCUUACAACCGAACUAUCGUGAUCUUUAUGGCGCUGUGCGUACUGGCUGCAGCCGUGGCUCAGGUUCCCCAAGGAAGACCGCAUGAAAACCAGGGUCGUGGCAAAAGGGCAUUAGACGGUGUGACAUCCUGCGACUUCACCGUUAUCCCAAAGAUAUCUUGCCAUGAUUGUCACACGAAACUGAUAUGCAAACAGAUCGGUGGAAUACUCAAAGCGUGCAACAACCCGUUCCAACCUCACUGCAAUAAUGGCGUAUGUUCCUCGGUUCCAAGCGCCGAAUGUGCCUAAUCGAUUAUGUUAAAAUUAAUUGUUAUUAUUCUCGACAUGUGCUUGGUGUUUACUUCCGUGUUUUGUUAUUAGAUUGGUUAUUCGAAAUAAAAUAUUUUUUAUUGUUAA